GGAGGGGACGGGGAUUUCUCUCCCUGCGUUUCUGUUAACGAGGGCGUGGCUUUCAGCGGCAUCAUUGGCAGUGGCCUCUGCGUCUUCUCCAAACACCCGGUCCAGGACUUGACCCAGCACGUGUACACCCUCAAUGGCUACCCCUACAUGAUCCACCACGGCGACUGGUUCUGCGGGAAAGCUGUGGGGCUGCUGGUGCUCCAGCUGAGCGGACUGGUGCUCAACGCCUACGUGACCCACCUCCACGCCGAGUACAAUCGACAGAAGGAUAUCUACCUGACACACCGUGUGGCCCAAGCCUGGGAACUGGCCCAGUUCAUCCACCACACGUCCAGGAAAGCUGACGUGGUUCUGCUGUGUGGGGACCUCAAUUUGCACCCGAAGGACCUGGGCUGCCGCCUGCUGAAGGAGUGGACGGGGCUGCAUGACGCCUACCUCGAGACCCAGGACUUCAGGGGCUCUGAAGAAGGCUGUACCAUGGUACCCGAGAACUGCUAUGUCAACCGGCGCGAGCUGGAGCCGUUUCGCCUUGGCAUCCGCAUCGAUUAUGUGCUUUAUAAGGUCAGACCU